AUGAAGCGAGACAAACUGGACUUCGCAGAUAAGCUCGCGGAGAAAGCCCAGGCGACGAGUCCGCCCGUGAACAGUGCUUCUCCUCGCAGUCCAGGGGUACGAGGAAAGCAAGCGCUGCCUCGUCAGGUCAAACAGGGAUCUGGCACAACCGCGAAAGAGGAGAAAAUAACGACGAAAGCCGCAGGGGACGGUAGCGAUGACGGUCACGGGGCGGCUACGGUCAAGGCAGAGAAGCCCGAGGACGGCGCCACUAUAGCCUCUCCUGCAGGCACAACCAAUGCGCCGCGAAAAGGGAAACGCUCAAAAGACGAGUGCGACGAGACACAAGAGGGCGAGGCUGGAAAGGACGACGGGGAGGUGAAGACGGAGGCGAAGCCUGCGAAGCACGCAGCGGGAAAGAAAGGACAUGCAGCUCAGAAUGCCGUGCCUGACGAGCCUGAUGAGGUGUUUCUGAAGCAUAGGGCCUUGGCAGAAUCGUCCAGAAAGUUCCUUGGCGCACACAUUUCUGCUGCUGGUGGCGUUCAGAAUGCGCCGCUCAACUGCCUGGCCGUAGGAGGACAAGCGUUCGCUUUUUUCCUGAAAAAUCAGCGGCGGUGGGACUCGCCUCCAAUCAGCGAUGAGUCAGCCGACGAGUUCAAGGCUUCGGUCGCCAGACUGAAGCUGGACGGGCCUAUGCAUAUCCUGCCUCACGGGUCGUACCUGAUCAACUUGGCAAACCCAGAUUCCGCGAAGCGCAAAGUAUCGUAUAACGCCUUUCUGGAUGACCUGAAGCGCUGCGAGCAGGUCGGGGUCCACAGAUACGUCUUCCACCCCGGGUCGACCGUUGGCAACUGCACGAAGGAGGAAAGCAUCCAACACGUUGCUGAAUGUUUGAACAAGGCUAUCGCAGCAACAAAAAGCGUGACCAUUCUAGUCGAGAACAUGGCGGGACAAAAAAACGUCCUCUGCAGCCAGUUUGAGGACCUCAGAGAUAUCAUUUCUCUCAUCGAUAACAAGGAUCGUAUCGGCGUUUGUUUGGAUACAUGCCACCUAUAUUCAGCUGGGCACGACAUUCGUACCGAAGAAAGCUUUGAAGCCGUCAUGAAAAAGUUCGAUAGCAUCGUCGGCAUGAGUUAUCUGAAAGGCAUGCACAUCAACGACUCGAAGGCUCCUAUUGCGAGCGGCCUGGACAGGCAUGAGCACCUUGGCAAAGGAACUCUCGGCAUGGCCCCGUUUAAGUUUAUCAUGCAGCAUCCCACGUGGUUCAAGGACAUGCCGUUAAUCCUGGAAACUCCAGAGGUCGACAAUAAUGGCCCCAAGCAGUGGCGUAGGGAGACCCAGAUGAUGUACAGUUUCAUCGAAGAUUGA